CUGCUGGGAAUCGAACCCAGGUCGAUUCGGGGCUGCGGAACUAACCACAACGAAGCAUGAUAACCACUACACUACAGCACCUUGAAUUGGUGAUUAUUUGCUCCUUUAUUUGAGUAAUAUGCUGCAUAUAUAUCAAAACCCUCUACUAAAGCAUGGCAGUAUACUGUGUAGAUCAGAUAACCAAGAUCUGUUUGAGUUUACGUGUAGACCAGGUUGCUCGAAACUUGGUAUACAAUCGGUAGACAGAUAUCCGUAUCAAUUACGCAAAACAAACCAUGGAUUAUGACCAUGACCGGGGUAAUUGUUAUUACACGUGGUUGUCGCAUAUCGAUAAGCGUCGCGACACCGCGAUUCUCAGCCUUCUACAACAUCACAUCUCUCAGUCGACGAGCAAUCACCCCAGUCAAUGGCUGUGGCAGACGAAGAGGCGCCCUCGCCUCUCUACCGUCCUGCUAGGGUACUUCCCUUUGAGCUGGUCCAACAUGUAGGCAUUUUCUUUGAAGAGAAGCUCUACACGCAAGCUCUAAACCUACUCCUAAAUAUCAUCACCACGGGCACAAUCCCUCCAACGCCAGUCUACGUCCCAUCGCCCCAGCAUCUCGCUCUCGCCGCGACAUUCCUCGUCCAUCCCUCCACCACCACCCGGGCGAAAACCGCUGAGCAAGAAGAAUCCUCCAAUGUCUCCCUACGACUUCUCCGCCUCGCAAACACCCUCGCCGGCCCAGUGUCCGCCAAACUCGGGACAGCAUUCUCCUUCACCCACUUUGAGACCUCUCGCCAGGGACGCCGCCGGCGCACCGAAGACGAGCACCCACCCGACGAUGACCUGAAGCCGCUGAACCUCGACCUGGCCCAGUCUGCCUCCGUGUGGUCCCGCGCAGAGGACUUCUGGCACGCAGUCGGAUGGGCUUUUAACUGUUCCGUGCUCCACCGUGAACGCUGGGAAAAGUGGCAGAUCUGGCUCGAAUACAUGUGCGAAGUGCUCGAAGACGAUUGGAACGAACGCAAAAGAAUGAGCGACCACGCCUCGAACACCGAUCACAAAGCCCUCAAAGACAGUCUAAUCCUCCGCUAUAUAACUGAAACAACAGUAGUACAUGGGCGCAACCGACGGAUCCUCCGCGCGAUCUUCGCAGACGGUGGUUCGGCCUCUGCCAACGAAUUCCGCGAGGUCUUCCACCACGAGCUGAAAAAACCAAAGCAAGACAAGAAUACCAAGAAACGCGAAGUGCAGGUCAACAUCGAUGAAGACCAAUACGGCGACUAUCUAACCGAUGACGACGAGUCUUCCGAUAACAACAACAAGAACGACCCAGGCACGGCCUCAAAACGACCAACCCGACAAACCAAACGACCCCGACGAGGCACCCGCGCCAAAGACGCCAAAUCAACCGACGCAGUCAAUCCCACGUCAGCAGUCUACGCCCUCAGCGAUGUCUCCUCACACGGCGGCUUCCAAUCUCUGGCUCUCCGCCAACGUCUCCUCCACCUCCUCUCUGGUGUAGCGGAGACUCUCCCCGACGUCUUCAUCCCCCUCGAGGAGCUCUACCACUACUUCGUCGAAAACAUCCGCCAUCUCCCCCUCCCCGUCUUCCAGGCUCUCGUCGCCCCGUCAACACUGCCCUAUUUCUCCUCAGAAGCGUGCACAACCCUCUGCGAAUGCCUGCUCUUCCGCAUCCGUGAAAGCGCAGCCCCAGACACCGACGAGGAGUAUCUCAGCCAAGCAAAGCUCGAAGAAUGUUUCCUCCCCUACGCGGCAAGUUCGACCAGCGUAGUGGACAACACCAAGAUGUCGAUUCUCCUUGAGACACUACUGAUCCUACUCGCAAACAGCGACAUGCUAAGGGUGACUACGGAGCUGCAAGAAGCGGUGGAAGAGGGUAUCCAGCGCCGUGCAGAGAGAGCCCAAACGGAGACGAAGAAGAGCGUGAGUGCGCGCAAAUCGGAAGAUGCGGAGUGGUGCUGGUUGCUGGAGAGUGGGGAGCGGUUGAGGUUUCUUGUUGAGGAGGUUCUUCCCCGUGCGGAAGAUUCGGACGGGUGAUUUGGUUCCGCAUGUUAGGGUUUGGUUGUUCGAAGGUGAGGGGGGAGAACGUUGUGGGGGAUUCUGUUUCUCGACGGCUUGAGUUUGGCGUAUAGAUACCCUUGUUGUCUGUGUGCGUUUAGCAUGUUACUGGUGUCCUUGUUGUAGUUGUUGUGGUUUGGCCUUUUUUAUAUAUCU